CCUCCUUCCCAGUACGCAGAACAGAGUGACGCACGAACGGUCUACUCUCACACAUAGCAACUGAGCUCCAAGUCGACUCGACCACGCCAUGGACGAGUCCCCGGCGGAGCUCGUCGUGGACGCGGUGAAGCUCUCGACGCAGCCACCGCUUUCUAACGGUUCUCAGCCAACGCCAGAAGAGCUGGCGGCCAAGGCCAUAGCUCCCGUGAAGAAAGAGUUCCUUCGUCCUCCACCUCCCAGACUUUCCUCCACCUCUACCGGUCUCCAAAACAACACCGGUUCCCAAACUAAAGUCGUUUCCGCCAAGGAGAAGAAAUCCAAACGCCAGCUCAAACGUGAACGCCAUCAGGAACAAAAAUCCACGCGAAGUAUCUGUCCUCUAAUAGCGAAGACCGGAGAUGUUAGUUCGUGUCCGUAUAACGAUAGCUGCCGCUUCAGCCACGACUUACAGGGGUUUAAGGACCAGAAACCGGCUGAUCUUGAGGGAGAAUGUCCUUUCGUGAAUGCUGAAGAGCCGUGCCCCUAUGGUUUGGCAUGUAGGUUUUCGGGAACACAUAAAGAUGGUGUUCUCGCUGGAGGUUCGGAUGCUCGGAAGAAAAACUUCGAGGUCAAUGGAUUGAACAAAGAUAUUCAAAGGCUCUUGUGGAAAAAUAAAAUGAGCUUUCCUAAGGCGGAUGCCAAACUUAAAGCUCUUGGGCUCCUGGUAAAGGCGAAGUCAAAAAUAAAAGUGCUGGAAAAUGAGAAGGUUGACGAAACUGUUACAAGUGCUUGUCAUGUGACUGAUGGAAAUGGCUGUAGUGAAGCGAACGGUGUCCCAGAUACUAAAUUGGACGGUGUAGCUGGAACAAUUGAAUCUCAUGAACAACCCCUGAAGAAACAAAAAUCUGUAAUUGAUGAAAACUGUAGCUCUGCUGAAGCCAACACUGGAGAUGUGACUUCCAUGGAGAAAUUGAUUGGUGUAAGCAAUACACAAACUGAACCAGAAGCUAGCACUGAUAUUAUACCACCAGAAGCUGAUAGAAGCAUGAAAUUAAACCCACGUGAAAAGAAGCUUAUCGAUUUUAGAGACAAGCUGUAUCUUGCACCUUUAACCACUGUUGGGAAUCUUCCUUUCCGAAGGGUUUGCAAAGUGUUAGGAGCGGAUGUAACAUGCGGUGAAAUGGCAAUGUGUACAAAUCUUUUGCAGGGUCAAGCUUCAGAAUGGGCCCUGCUGAGGAGACAUUCUUCUGAGGAUUUGUUUGGCGUACAGAUAUGUGGGGCAUAUCCAGACACAGUGGCACGGGUCAUUGAACUUAUAGAUCAGGAAUGCACGGUGGACUUUAUUGAUAUAAACAUGGGGUGCCCAAUUGAUAUUGUAGUGGACAAGGGUGCUGGAUCUGCUCUUCUUAAUAAACCAAUGCGGAUAAAAAGCAUUAUGGAAGCAGCUUCUGGCACAGUGGACAAACCUAUAACUCUCAAGGUGCGAACUGGUUUUUUUGAAGGAAAAAAUCGCAUUGAUUCACUAAUAACAGAACUUGGCAACUGGGGAGCUAGCGCGGUAACAAUACAUGGUCGAUCACGUCAGCAACGGUACAGCAAACUUGCUAACUGGGACUACAUAUACCAGUGUGCUAGAAAGGCUCCUGCUGUUUUGCCUGUCCUGGGAAAUGGGGAUGUUCUCUCAUAUUUAGACUGGAACAGGCACAAAGCUGACUGUCCUGAGCUCGCUACAUGCAUGAUUGCUCGAGGAGCACUCAUUAAGCCUUGGAUAUUUACUGAAAUCAAGGAACAGAGGCACUGGGACAUUAGUUCUGGGGAACGAUUAAAUAUUUUGAAGGAUUUUGUACGUGUUGGCCUUGAACAUUGGGGUUCUGACAUGAAAGGAGUGGAGACGACAAGGCGUUUCUUAUUGGAAUGGCUUAGCUAUACUUGUAGGUACAUACCUGUUGGUCUUUUAGAUGUCGUCCCUCAACAACUGAACUGGCGCCCACCCUCCUUCUCCGGUCGUGAUGACCUUGAGACAUUAAUGGCCUCAGAUUCUGCAGCCGACUGGAUUCGGAUAUCCGAGAUGUUGCUCGGCAAGGUUCCGGAUGGCUUCACAUUUGCAGCAAAGCAUAAAUCUAAUGCUUAUGACCGGGCGGAAAACGGCUGACUUUUUACUUUCAACACCAUGGGUGUUUUUUUUUAUUUAUUUUCUGGAUGCCGGUGUUAGAACCAGGUGAUGGCAUAUACUUGAAAGAAAUCUUGCACUUACUGCUCAGUGUUUGAAUAAUAGGGAAAAGAAGGUGAGCAUGUAACCUACUAAGUUUUGUUGACAUAUCUGUACAAUAAUUUGAAGGCUGUUCGUCAAUUGGCUACCUAAAUUUUGAAGCUCUUUAAUUGGUCAUGUGACAACGUUGUAACUUUGUCGGGAGACAAUAACAUGCAAUUUUCUUGAGUUGAAUUAGUAUAACGCUACUGGAUUAGAUUUC